CUAACGCAGCUCAGACCUUCCUUCGUUCACUGCCCACAACGCUCACCGAAAACUGCAAGAUGGCUCUUCGAUUCACGCUCACUCUGCUCCUGGUCACGAUCCUGGUCGCAGCCAUACUUUUGGGCUCCAGUGAGGCAGCCUACAGGAAGCCUCCGUUCAACGGCAGCAUCUUCGGCAAACGCAACAGCCUAGACUACGACAGCGCCAAGAUGAGCGCCGUUUGCGAGGUGGCCAUGGAGGCGUGUCCCAUGUGGUUUCCCCAGAACGACAGCAAAUAGGACCACGCCCUGCGACUCCGCCUCCAAGAACUGAUCUCGAGCCUACGACUAACACACCAGCGACAGGUGGGCAGAUGCUGUGCCUGCUC